AUGGAGGCGCGAAACCGAGCCAAUCUUGCAACUGCAAAGACCAUACCAUUUUUCCUGCUGGCCAUCAUUGCCUAUGUGUCGUACACAAUCACCGGGCCUCUGGUUACGCAGUAUCUCAUCAAUCCACCUCGCAAUGUCCCUGCACGAACUGGAACCGGUAUAGCGAUCGCGAUCGUCUACUAUGUCCUCCUCAUCGCCGUACUCGCAACUGAUUUACGCCUUCUCAUGGUGGUGUGGCGCGAUCCCGGACAGAUCUCCAUUGGCUCCCAACCCAAAGACUCCGAAAGAGGACUUGCCCGCGGCCUCAAUGAAUUCUGGAAGCGCGAUGUGUUCGUGUGCGACCCGCAAGGGCUUCCUAUCUGGUGCCCCAGCUGCAAAAACUGGAAACCAGAUCGCACACACCACAGCCAGGACGCUGGCCGAUGUACGCGCAAGAUGGACCAUUUCUGUCCGUGGGUUGGAGGCGUCAUCGGCGAGCGAAGCUACAAGUUCUUCGUUCAGUUCAACCUCUACAGUUUCCUGCUCUCCGCGUAUUCAAUGUCCGUUCUGGCGGCCUUUGUCGCAAAGGGAGGCGAGGGCUCAUUAGAGGUUCAGUGGCUCGUCGCCCUCGGCCUUGCAGGCUUCUUUACCAUCUUUACCAUUGGCAUCCUCGGCAACAGUCUCUGGAUGGUUUUGAGGAACGUCACCACCAUCGAGAAUUUAGAUGCCUUCUCGGGGACCAUGUUCCUUGCGGUCCUCCUGCCGCCUGAGCUACAGAGAUUGUCGAGCGGCCUACCGCUUCGAUCUGCGACAGAACCACCAACAGUGAUUGGCGAGAUGGGCAACGAGCGCAUUGAGCCACCCCUCGCAUCCGAUUUGGACGAACCGAGUCACUCGAGUUACUUUUCAAAUCUACAAGUAACGAGGACAUCGCGGCAAGCAAGCCGUCUGCCAUUCCAAGACCGGAUCUGGAAAGGCACUGUGACGUACCCGAUCGUCCUCGCAACAGACCGGCCCCCGUUACCCGCCCCUGCUCCACGAACAUUUGCGAUCCUCGAGACGCUGCCGGGGAUGAAUCCAUGGGAUCUUGGCAGUCGAUGGCGGAACUUUCAAGCCGUCUUUGGCUCAAGCUUACACGAGUGGCUGCUGCCAAUUAAGCACUCGCCGUGCUGCGACCAUACUUCCUUGACUAGCCAGUUCCCGCUAGGCCCAGACUUUGAUGAGCUGUUGGUCGAAGCGGGACUGGUGCCGUGGCCGAGCUCCGUCCAGCCGGCUCCCGCCAAUGUACUUCCGAGAGACGUUAUUAGUGGCAGUGUGGCUGCGUCGAGGGAGAGCAGACGGAAACGCCGGCUCGAUGCCGGCUGGCAGAACGGCGAGCGUCCGGACGGGUGGGUGAGCGAGAAGGCAGCACGGCGGCAGCGCAACGAAGCACGCCGGGCGGUGCAUGCAUAA